UGUCAGCGGACGCAGGUUCCAGCAGUCGUCUGCCGAUGCUGCAGCUGCGGCUGUCGCUACGCGCUAUAGGAGUGCGGAUGCUGCGAUGGAUGCCUCAGGUCGCAGCGAGGCGCACGCAGAGGAAUCCCGCCGGAGGGAGCGCCGCAGCGCAGCCUCUCCCGCCGCGGCCGCGCCUGCACCCGUGCCGCCACAGCGCUCCUGCGCUGCGUGCCUUGUCCUCCCGUGCCCGCGCGCGACAGCCGAGGGCCAAACCGAAAGGCGCACAGGGGCUCAAGCUCCGCUCCCGAGAGCAUCACUCUUGCGCCGACGCCGCCUCGACAUGCGAGCUGUCGAACGCCAUCGCGCCGCGAAGGCGGCUGCAGCAGCGAUCAGCGUUCCUGGAGGCCGCCGAGCCGUCGUCAGCUUCCGUCCUGCUCUGCGCCGCGCAGGUCGCCGGCGUGCCAUGCGCAGAGUGCCAUGCCAUGGGCGGUGGAGGCCUGAGCUCGGCUGACGGCCAGCCAGUCGUCUCGCACCCGCUUUGUCGCAAGCCCUCCGUGAAGCUUCGCCUUGUCAGCGCGGAGUGCAUGCUACACCAGCUCGACGUGAGAAGUGUGCUCUCCUGGGCGUUGACGAGCGAACAGGUACUAGCCAGAGGCUGGCGCGCGCUAGCUGCGCCCGUCGAUCUUCGAAGGGCGGCGCUGGCUCUUGUCGGACGCAGCACAGCAUCAAGCUCGAUGGGAGAAGCUGGCUUCAUCGCACGCAGCACGUACGAUGUGGCGGCGUUGCGCGAAGGUUGCUCAACGGGUGCUGCCCAGGCCACCGCCUCCGCGUCGUUGACGGCACGCAUGAGACGCUGCCACCCGCCUCGUCCAGCAUAGUCGCCGAGGCGUGUCCUCGCCCGUCGGAGCCCGGAUGACGACGGGCAGCAGCUCCGUCUGGCCCUCUGCUACGGCCAAUACUCGGCAGCCUAGGUGGCCUGCAAGCAGCCGUUGCCUCCGCUCCAAGCGCAGGGUGCAGCGCUCGUCACGUCCUUGUUGAUGCGCGCCGCGUCGCGCAGGAGACCUCAGCUCUCAGAAAUGCUUGUCUUAUUGCCGCAUGAGGGGAAGAGAGGCUCCCAUUUUGGGCUCAAAAUCCGAGUAAUUAUGUCAGCUA